AUGGCCUUUCUUGGAUCUCAGAAACAAUGUCUUUUUCCUAUAGUUAACCUGCUCUUUUUCUCAACAUUGACCUUCUCCCUUCCCUGUCCUCCCCUGCCUUCAGGAGACACUGCUGAGCCUGGUGUAUGUCCAACGGGCACACUGGCGCUGCUUCCAGUACCAGGGUCCUUAUGCCAGCAGGAGGUGCGGGGCGAGGCUGACCCCAGCACCUUCACCCCGAGCCUCUCCUUCCAAGGCCUGGUGGGUGUCUGGCCCUUACGCCUCCAGACCAGAGACGCCAUGCAGCUCCUGACACCACAGACACAGCAGCUCAGGGAGAGGAUUGGUGAGAAACUGCUGCAGCUGAGGAGGGAAGAGGCCGUGGUGCUGAGUGAGUCUCCGAGGCUGUGUCUGGUGUGUGACGAGCAGGUGGAGCAACACGCAGCCUUACGGAAGGGUAAGUGCACUACACACUAAGGUGUUUUUUCAUUCACAGACAAAACAUAAUGAAGAUAGUCUAAGUACUCUGAUGUACCCGAGGCAGAUCUUGGUACCUGCCAGAAUUUUUACCUCAAGAAGACCAAGUUUCCCUCACAUAUAUAUCUACUUGGACUGAAUUUCUUGUCCACACCAAACCCACUGAGGCAGCACAUGGCAUCUUUUUACCAGAGCUUUUACCUCAAAAAGACUCAGAGUUUCCCUCACAUUUACCAUUUAUAGAGGACUUCGUGGUGCAGUGGUUAGCACACUCGGCUCACAACCGAGAGAGCCUGGGUUCGAUUCCUGGGUGGAGUGGAAAAAUUUGGGCGGCUUUUCCGAUACCCCACGCCCCUGUCCAGCCAGCAGUGAAUGGGUACCAGGUAUUAAUCGGGGGUUGUGUCCUGUCUCCUGGGAUCUGUUCCCUUCUAUAAUUCCUUCCCUUCUGUCUCUCUCCGGCAUAUGACCACAGAUGUUGCGCCGACUAAACCAAACUUUCCAACUUUCUGCAUACCAUUUAUUUAUUUUCACCCAAUUCCUUGUUACAUAUGUCACCCAUUCAGGCAGCUUUAAUACUCUUUACCAGAGCUAGAAGACAAAGCUUUCCUCACUUAUCUAACCAACACUUAACCACCAUAACUUUGACCACACAUAACCCCUUGAGGCAGCUUUCUACCCUCGUACUAGAGCAACCUUUUUUACCAGACAAGUUUCCCUCACACCACAACACACAGAGGUACACACUAACUCACCCUCUCCCCCCUAC